CGUGCAAAAACAAAGAAACUAAGAGUUCCUAAGUCCUGUGUUUGUUUCGUCCCGUGCCGGCAAACAAUGUUGAAUGUGUGCCGUCUGUGUCUCUCAAGCGACGCCAACUUUUUGAUUUCCAAUGGCCAAACCGCCCUAAAGAUAAUAGCUUGCACUGCUGUCGAGGUGCAGCCCAACGAUGACCUGCCCCAAGUUAUCUGCCCGGAAUGUCUUUUGCGAGUCGAGGAGCACUAUGCUUUUCGCAAACGCUGCCAUGCUGCUGACAGAAGGCUACGGCGCAAUAAGGUCCUGCAGAGCCGGGAUCCGAAAGGCGGGCUGGUAGACACUUUGGUAGCCGCCGAGGAGGAGUUUGAGCUGCACGAUGUGGCUGGCUGCACACCCACAGCCUGCUCCGAGAGCAGCGCCCAGUGGCGCAUGCAGACGGCUCAACUGAUCCGCUCCGAAAUCGAUUCUUACAAAAAGCAAUUGCUCAGCGCAUGCAAGAAGGAAAUGCGCGCCGAGAUAGAACAAGACCUGCGAAAGGAAGUGGAGGAGAAAAUUGAGGAAGAAGCUAAGAAAAAGUGCCGCAUCGGCGUCCUGGAUGAUGUUUUUCAUGAAAUGGAGCGAUUCUUCGAGCGCAAACGCAACGAGACACUCUACGGCAAUGUCGAACGCUGCGAGAGUUACUGGUCCGACUCGGACAAUAUGAGACUGAGAAGCAUUACGUCCUCGAACCAGGUGAUGGCGUUUGAAGGUUCCGAGUUGUACGUAGCUGAAGCUCCUGUUAAGCCUGAUGAGGUCAGGGAAGACGGCAAUGUGAGCUUUGUGGAUCUUCUAGAUGAUGAUUCAAACCCGAAAACUCCAUCGACCACAGCACCAGAAGCAGUCGCAACUCCUGGGCCAAUUGUGCCAGUACCCAUGGUGGAAAUACCCAUAUCGGAUCUAGAAUUGAAUAACUUGCGAGAAGAUUUCAACACCGACACCUUCCUGUCUUUUAGAUCUACCGCUAACAAAACAACCCAGGUGAAGCCUUCACCUCACAAGAAAGUUCGUUCCCAUCAUCAAAAGGAUCGCGACAAAUUAUGUCGCAAGCACAGCCGACGCUACGAUCCAGCAUCCGUGGAUCCUGCCAAUUGUGUGCGCUGUCGUCUCAGGCACGGAGAUAGGCAUAGUUCGACAUUGUCGAAGUGUCAGCAGAAAUAAUGGCCAAUAACCAUGUAACCAUGGUUUUUUUUUUUCAUAGCUCUAUUUAUCAACAUACUAUUAUCAUAAUCGGUCGUAUAUAUAAAACAUACUUUUUUUUGGACGUAUAAAAAAUAAAAUAGCCUAUUUACA